AUGUUUAGAAGUAGUUCCAUUUGGCUGCCACUUGCUAGUUGCUUACCGCUCUCACCCUUCACCCUUCGUUUCGUUCUUCUCUUCCCCUCUCUAUCUGGUCGAGCUUUAGAGGCACUGAAAUUAAUGUCUGCUGUUCCUACACGCCGCGUGUUGCGCACGACAACUCGUACCGCAACAGCAAAAGAUCCUGAAAACGCCAAUGCUCGCCCUUCAAAAAUCAACCGCGCGAAACUUCCCCCCUCUACCUCAAACGCCGUGACGAAUGGCGUUCUUGUGCGAGCUACCGGUGCGACCGCCGCUUCGCGGGCCAAGACGGCUACCACCAGCGAGGUCAAGGCUGAGCUUCCAGCGGCGAAACGAAAACGAGAAGCUCUUGGAGAAGUCACAACUCUAGUUACGAAUAAUCGGACAGGUGCGGGAGGAAAAGGGAAGGUCAAGGAAAGCAAAAUGCAAUUCGACGGAGUUGUCAUCAACAAGUCGAAGAUAAGUAGUCGUCAGCCGCUGCAACGUACGGUUGCACCUACUCGUCAGUCUACAAGAAGUAAGAUCGUGGUGGCGAAGGACGAUGAACACAACGAAGCUGCCAAGGAAGACGAGGGUGGUCGGAAAGUUGACGACAACGCCAUGAUGGUUGAUCCUCCCACUCGAAACGCCCAGCCCGUUCUUCCAUCGUUAACCAUUCGGAAAUCAAUCGCCGCCGCCAACGAUCUACCUAAAUCUAGUCGAUGCUCUGUACGACUUUCCCGUCCUUAUAUGGACGACGCCGAGCUUGAAGCCGGCCGUGUCUUCAAGAAACCCAGAACGUCGGAUGUACCGGAAGUCGUUGAAGCACAAGAUGAUCUCGAUGACCCUUUCAACGAGCAGGCACUCGGUUUGGUGGAUGAACCGGAAGCGGAUCCGAACGGCAGUGAAUGGGUUGAUUUGGAUGCGGAUGAUACCGGUGAUCCUCUUAUGGUGAGCGAGUAUGUCGUCGAUAUAUUCAAGUAUUUCAGGCAGAUCGAGGUUGCUACUAUGCCGAAUCCCAACUAUAUAGCGAACCAAAAGGAUCUUCAUUGGUCAAUGCGAGGCAUUCUCUCCGAUUGGCUGAUUGAACUGCAAGAGCGUUUUCGUCUUCUCCCCGAAACCCUGUUCCUUUGUCUCAACCUUAUCGACCGCUUUCUUUCUGCAAGAGUGGUAUCGCUAGCACGCCUACAGCUGGUUGGCAUCACUUGCAUGUUCAUCGCCGCUAAGGUCGAGGAGAUCCUCUGCCCCUCAGCGCAGGAGUUCUUGGCUCAAACAGAAUCUUCUUAUACGCUAUCUGACGUGUUCAAUGCAGAAAAGUAUAUUCUCAAGACACUGGACUGGAACGUCAACUUUGCCAAUCCUGUUCACUUCUUACGUCGUGUCAGCAAAGCCGAUGACUAUAACGUUAAGGCAAGGACACUGGCGAAAUACCUCCUGGAAAUCGCUUGUUUAGAAUGGAGACUCAUCGCCACUCCUCCCAGUUUGUUGGCGGCAGCAGCAAUGUGGUUGGCGAGGCUUACCAUCGGUAACGAGACAUGGACUCCUAACUUGGCGCAUUAUUCUUCAUACACCGAGAGCGCCUUGUUGCCCACCGCCAACCUAAUGUUAAACUACGUCCUAAAACCCAUCAAGCACGAAUCAUUCUACCGCAAGUAUGCACGUAAGCGGUACCUCAAGGUUAGCACAUAUUUGAGACGAUGGGCGUUACAGCGAUGGAUAGAAGGCACGCAGGUCGACCUUACAGCUGAGUUACCGGGGCUCAAGGCAGAAAUACGAGCUUUGCGAGCAGAGGAAGAGCUACAGGCAGACCAGGACGAGGCGGAACUGGUUGCUCUGCAGAUGACAUAUGAAUCAUAACCCAUUUCAUCCUACAUCUGAUCGUGUCGACACGUUCAAGCUAUCUCGCUUCAAUUCCCUUCAUCACACCUGCAAACUUCAACUCAUUUCAGCAUCUGUUACUGUUCUAUCGCAAUCAUCCUUUUCUUCAUCCCACACUACUCCUCAUGUCCACCAAUUUCUCACAUAGCAUGCAAUGGACGCAAAGGAAAUGGAAAAGUAUAAUGUGUACUCUGUUUUCCUCCUUUUUUAUGUUGUAAUUAUUCGUUUCGUUGAUGUCCCAAUGGUAUUCGAACCCUCAUCCUAUCCUUCAACUUCCCGCCCGUUGCCAUCCCGGACCACAUAUCUAUCCUGUGGCUUUUUUGUCAUCGAUGUUAUCUGCACUGCAAACCCUCCCCUAAGUUUCUUCUACACAAGUUAUUGUUCGUACGCUUUCGUCGAUGUUUGAUUUGUUUUAGAUUACAUGGUUGGGGUUGACUACUACAUAGCGGAGAAUUAGUAUACCUUAGGUACGUACGUAUACUUAUAUACCGUAACAAAAUAUUUUCGACCAGGA